AUGAUCUCACCCGUUGCUUGGCUAGCCUUCGGGCUGGCAGCAUCUUCCAACCUGGCUGCUGCCCAGCAGGCAGGUUCUAUUGUUCAGGUCGGUAAUACGCAAGUCAGCGCCAUGAUGAUGUUCCUUGGCAACGAAGAAAAGGUCUACAUCCUCGACAAAACAGAGGGCAAUGCUGCUCAAAUAGACGGCCACCCUGCUUGGGGUGCCGUAUGGGAUGUGAAUACUCACUCUGCCCAGCCAAUGGAGGUUUUGACCAAUACCUUCUGUGCUUCUGGUAUGCACCUACCAAAUGGCUCAUAUGCAACGUUCGGUGGCAACAGUGCCAUUGGCCCGCUUGGUGCAACUGGCAGUGUUGGUUCGGGUUCAUACGAUGCAACCUAUCAAGAUUACGACGGAAGAAAGGCUAUCCGUAUCCUCAAUCCUUGCACGAGCGCCGAUGACAUGUCGAGUGCUCAAUGUCAAUGGUUUGAUAACGUUACCGUUCUGGCCAUGCAGAAGCAGCGGUGGUACUCUGCCGCUGAGUCUCUUGGUGACGGUUCUAUUGCAUUGAUCGGCGGCUUCGUCAGUGGUGGUUACAUCAACCGGAAUACCCCUAAUACGGACCCAGCGUACGAGGGCGGUGCUGCUGAACCAACGUAUGAGUUUUACCCUUCGAAAGGAGCCGCGACUGUCAUGAACUUCAUGAUCACCACUUCGGGUCUCAACUCCUACGCGCAUACUUACCUCAUGCCUUCUGGUAACAUGCUCGUCCAGGCCAACAUCUCUACCAUCCUCUGGAAUCCCAGCACCAACGUCGAGACCACUCUUCCCGACAUGCCAGGCGGUGUCGCUCGUGUUUACCCUGCUUCUGGCGCCGUCGCCAUGCUCCCUCUUACUCCCGCCAACAACUACACUCCCACCGUCAUCUUUUGUGGUGGCACUGACAUGCCUGACGAGUAUUGGGGUAACUAUUCAUACCCCAACUAUAACACCUGGACCUACCCUGCUUCCAAGGACUGCCAGCGCAUCACCCCAGAACCCACAGAUGGCACUUCUCCUGUUUAUAUUCAAGACGAUAACAUGCUCGAGGGUCGCACCAUGGGCCAAUUCAUCAUCCUUCCAGACGGUACUCUCUUGGUUCUCAAUGGUGCCGUCAACGGUACUGCUGGCUACGCUCAGGCUACUGGCCAGACCGCUUCCUAUGGCCUCAUGCCCUACGGCGAGUCGUUGGCCUCUGGCCCCGUCGGAACACCUGCCAUCUACAACCCGAAUUUGCCCGCAGGCAGCCGCUGGUCGAACGCCGGCCUGGGUUCCACGAACAUCGCACGUCUGUACCACUCCAGUGCCAUUCUCAUGCCUGAUGCUUCCGUCAUGAUUGCCGGAUCCAACCCUAACAUUGAUGUCAACCUCACUACCGUUUUCCCCACAACUUACACCGCAGAGAUAUUCUAUCCACCCUACUUCAGCGCCAGUGUACGCCCAACUUACUCUGGCGCACCGCAAACCCUCUCUUACGGUGGUAGCUCCUUCGACCUCACCGUUCCUUCGACCGCGUACAGUGGUUCAGGUAACGCUGCUGCUGCAAACACAACCGUAGUUCUGGCCCGUGGCGGUUUCACCACCCACGCCAUGAACAUGGGCCAGAGGCAUCUGCAGCUCAACAGCACGUACACCGUCAACAGUGAUAAUUCAAUUACCCUUCACGUGGCUCAAGUUCCCCCAAACCCUAAUAUCUUCACUCCCGGACCUGCUCUCAUGUUCGUCGUGAUCAACGGUAUUCCCAGCAACGGGACCAUGGUUAUUGUCGGCAACGGUCAAGUCGGGACGCAACCCACGCAGGCCGCUAGUGUUCUCCCUGCUUCCAUUCCGAAUUCCUCUGCUCAAGGCUCAGGCUCGGGCAGCAGCGGUAAAACAAACAACGCGUCGGGAAGCACUCACACCGGCACAAUCGUCGGUGCUGUGAUUGGAGCAAUUGCAGUUAUUGGUAUUCUCGGUGCGCUCUUUGGUAUUUUUGUGGCUCGCCGUCGGCGCGCCGCCAGUCGUCAACACCCUGCGGCUGCGUAUGCCAUGAAAACCACGGGCGACGGGUAUGGCGGCGGCGCGUCUCGCGGAGGAGCCACCGGUGAUCGAGCACGUCAUUCUGACUCGAGUGCAUUUGUCCCGUUGCAACAGGAUAAUUCUAGCAACGCGUGGAACGCGAGCAGUGCCAACCUGCAUUCACCGUAUCGGGACACGUAUAUGAGAGAGGGGGCAGAUUACGAUCCUUAUAAUCCGGAAGGAGGGGUGCAACAUAGUAGUGGACAGCGGAUAUGA